AUGGCCUUCGUAACCGUCGAACUCGGCCAAGUGAGAACGGCCGUACUCAAGAUGACGUUCGAAAUCAGCCGCGUUAUACAUGCGAAACGCCGAGUCCGCGGGCCGCCUACAACCGCGAACUUGUUCGCGCCGUCUUCAAGUCCACCGGCGGGCGUCCGGCGAAGGAACCUCACCAUUCGAAGGUCGGGAGCCGAUUGCGACGCACGUGCGCGGCGUCUUUGCGGGCUCCAAGAAACGACGAUGGGGGCCACCUUCUUCGUGGCAGCGGCGUUGAUCCUGGGAGGCGCAUUGGUGCCAGGAGCUUUGGUGGCACGGGCCGAACAGCCCCAAAUGAGCGUCUUCACUGCGCUACCGGCAGACGGAAAGUCCUGCGUCACGGGCGACGGAAAGUCCGGCAUCUGCGUGCCCAACUUCCAAUGCAACACCGACACAAACACGAUCAACAAUGAUGCCUUCAUCGACCUAAGGAUAGGGGCAUGCCCGAACUUCCUGCAGAUCUGCUGCCUGAAAGAUGAGUUCGUGACGGGAGGGGAGAAGGAGCCGGAGAACGGGCCACCGCCCACCUGCGGCUGGAGCAACCCCGGGGCUACGGAGGUGAGGGUCAAGCCGGGAGCUGAGACCACCGCCGACUUCGGGGAGUUCCCGUGGAUGGUGGCACUCUUGAGGAACACUGCCCCCGAAGUGGAAUGGUCCCAGGACCACUUCCUGGGCGGAGGCUCCAUCAUACACCCCUCGGUCGUCGUCACGGCAGCGCACAAGGUGGACGGGCUUUACGAGAACGAAGUGAAAUGUCGGGCCGGCGAGUGGGACACGAAAGACGACUCCGAGCUGUAUCCGAGUCAAGAGCGCCCUGUCAAGUCGAUAGUCACUCACGAUGACUUCUUCAGAAUUCAAGCGUACAACAACAUCGCGCUACUCUUCCUGGAGAAACCGUUCACUUUCCGCGGAGCUCCCCACAUCGGCGUGGCCUGUCUGGGCAAGAAACUCCCCGAGCCGGGCACGGAAUGCUUCACGAUGGGCUGGGGGAAAGACUUCAAGGGGGCGUACGCCUCCACCCUCAAGAAGAUAAACGUGCCUCUCGUGGACUUCGACGUGUGCCAGAGGCGACUGCGCAACACUAGGCUCGGCUCACGGUUUCGGCUGCACCCAUCGCUCACCUGCGCUGGGGGGGAGGCAGGAGUGGACAGCUGCAAGGGGGACGGCGGCUCGCCCCUCGUCUGCCCCAUCUCGGACCCCAAGAAGGGGAUGCGAUACGCGAUUUUCGGCAUAGUCUCGUCCGGCGUGGGUUGCGGCAAGAAGGGGGUGCCGGGCGCGUACGUGAACAUCCCCUACCUCUACGACUGGAUAGUGGAGGUUAUGAAAGAGGAGAAAUUGGAGAAGAGCUCCUUCACCUAC